AUGCGUAUCUUAGAAAUCUACAUACCACAAAAUUUUGACCAGCAGCGGGAUAAACAAAUUUGGAAAUUCUCACGCUCAGGCACGUACACUGUCAAAAGUGGUUACCAUGUUGCGUCAAAUGCCGCCACCACCCCAGUCACUAAUGCAUCUACCUCUAGAGUAACAGCCUUUACAGAGGAGGCUUGUAAGAAAUUUUGGAAAAUCAGCAUUCCAGCUAAAAUCAAGUGGCUGAUUUGGAAAGCAGCGAACAACGCUCUACCAACCUUACAGACUCUGGAGAGGAGAAAUAUACGACAUCAGCUACGAUGCUCUAGAUGUGAAAGCUGGCAUGAAGAUGUGGAACAUCGGAACACAAGGGUGAGGCAGCAUGAUCAACAGAACAUUUCAAAUCUCUCAGAAAUUGAAGCAGGAAAUGGGGGAUCAACACAGGGUCAACACCAAGGCGUUAUCAUAAGAGUAGAUGGUGCCUUUAAACAGGAAAGUCGUAUUGGAGCAGCUGCAUGGGAAAUUCUCACAAACACAGGUUACCACCUCACGUGGGGAACUGAGACCUUUUAUGCUUCAUCGGCUCUACAUGCUGAAGCCUUGGCUUGCUUGAGAGGGCUCCAGUCUGCAAGAACAAUGGGAUUACAGAAGGGGGUGCUUCAAACUGAUAAUGUUUCAAUGGCAGCGAUAGGCAAUGGAAGCCAUCAAUCGUUAUUUUUGCUGAAAGCUCUGAUCUGGAUGGGAGAAAAGGUGUCUUCUGAGUUUCGACUCAAAAAGUUUGCUAAGCAAGAGCAGAAACCUUUGGAUCGGAUUAGUGAGCUCUCUGAUGAUAUUCUCAUCUCUACCCUCUCACUUUUAACGUUUGAAAAUGCUGCCAGGACAAGUGUCCUGUCCAAACGUUGGAUAGAUCUUUGGUUGUCUACGAGUGAACUCAGUUUUGACUUUGCAAAAAUAUGGAAACGGAUUGAACUAGCACGUGAUUCAGAGUAUCGAAGAUUAAUCAAGCGCCACCGACAAAAGUGUGUUAACUGGGUGAACAAGGUGCUGCUAUCUCACAAAGCCACUUUUUUGGAUGUCUUCAGAGUUCGCUGUUAUUUGAACAAAUUUUUUGCGAAGGACGUUGAUAAAUGGCUUCAGUAUGUGUCUACAAGAAGAGUGAAGAGUCUGGAUUUGAACUUCUUACGAUAUGAUGGUGUGCCGAGUGAUGUGGAAUGGGCUUAUACUUUUCCCCAUGACAUACUUGGCCUGACUUAUGCUUCUGCCGUUUGUACUACUGAUUCCGGUGAAAAUGGCAUCAAUUUUGACACACGGUUUGGCUUUAACGCCCUUAGGAAUUUGGCUUUGAAGAAUGUAAGUGUGUGUGGAAAAGUUCUUGAAUUUUUCUUGCAUAAUUGCCCGUUUCUUGAAUCUCUGGCAGUGGAAUGCUCUUACAUUCUGGAACGAUUUGAAGUCUGUGGCCCAUCCAUUGCAUUGAAGCACCUUGAGAUAACUCAUUGUACCAAAUUGGAUUCCCUUAUUUUAUGUAAUGCAAAUCUUGUUUCACUUAGAUUUAUUGGAGGUCGUGGUAUGGUGCUUAAGAAUGCUCCCAAGCUUGUGGAUGUUAUCGUUGACUGGUCAUCUUUCAACCUCAGUGUCUCUGAAUCCAUCACCUGUCUUAGUUGCUCUCUGUCGAAAUUGGAGGUUCUUACUUUGAAGUUCCGCGCCGAGGACAUUUAUUAUGAAGAAGACGCAAACGGAGCGCUUCCUUGUUUAACUACAUUGAAGCAACUAAUUGCCAUUGUUUGGGAUCUAGAAGACGAGAGUCUGAUUGCAAUAACUGCUUUCAUAAAGGCAUCCCCUAACUUGGAGAAGUUUGUCUUGAAGUCUGACCGGGGAAUUGAAGUUCCCAAAGAGCGUAGGGCUUCUAGAAAAGGUAAAGCCUUGUCCCUUCAGCAUCUUAAAGAUGUUGAAUUUUGGGGAUAUUCUGGACGAGUGUCAGAGGUGGAACUUGUUGAAUAUCUCCUGGAAAAUGCUGUUGCCCUAGAGAGAAUUAUGAUUGACCCUCGUGACCGUCCUCCUACUCGUUGUGCUGGUUAUGAUUGGCCUGUUGCUUAUCCCCCUGUUGAUAAUCCAAAGGAGGACGCUAUUUACAGAGAUAUUGCCAAACAACAGAUCCAGGGAUUACUACCUUCACAUGUCAAACUGAAGAAGGGUUCAACUAGGGUUUCAGAUCUACAAUCAGAGGAGAUAGAGAGAAUUGCGGCUGAAAUUGAAAAUUCGUCUGUUAACAAGAAGGGGGAAGUUAAAGAGAAUUCGAAGAUGGCUACACCGACAGAAGUAAUGGGUAUUCAAAUGCAUCAAUCCCUCAGUGAUGGACGUAGCAGUGGAAAGAGGCAAAAUGAAGCUGAGUUACAUGGGCGAGAUCUGAAUGCUAAGAGACAACUGCAAUGGUCCGAAAUGAUGGAACGAGAUGAGAAGCAAGGAGUGUGGGCUAAGAAUGAUGCAAGUAAAUUCAAAGCACCCUCAGGAAAAUUGCUAUUCAUUCCGCCAAAAGAGGUGGCAAGCCAAAACAUUGCUCAGAUGCAGAUGGAGGAUGUUAAAUCUGAAGCAGAGUACUGGGAAUCUUCCAUCGUAUGUUUUGUACUAUUUACAACUCUGAAUGCUAGAGAUUCAGUGCUAAAUGUGAAUUUCUACCAUUUCGGGUCAAAGUCCUUAAUCGUGAAGCCUUGGGACGUAGAAAAAGGGAUUAAUUAUGAUAAUGUUGAUUAUGUUCCGAUAUGGAUACGUUUAUAUGGCUUGGAAGUUAAAUUUUGGAAUCUUAAUUCCCUUAGUAGGCUGGUUAGUGCAAUUGGAACCCCAAUUCUAGUAGAUGACUAUACUGUUAGAAAAAAGAGAGUUCAGUUUGCUAGGAUACUGGUUGAGAUAAAAAUUGCAGCUAGUGUACCUGAUAAACUGGUCUUUGAGGAUGAGAAGGGGAAUGUGAAGGUGCAGAAAAUCGUCUAUGAAUGGUUACCCACUAGAUGUACUCAUUGUACGGAAUAUGGUCAUCUCACUGAUAAGUGCAGACUUAAAUUGAGGAAAGUAGAGGAUAAGCCUAAACAACCACUGUCAGCUUGGAAAAAAGUGGAAAAGAAGGAUGAAGGUAGAAGUAAUGCUGAAAAGAUAAUAGUAACUGAUGAUAAUCAAAGGAAGCCAAUAGUGAAGAGAAAAGAUCAAUCAUCAUGUGAGGGAAGUUUAGUCAAAAGUAUUGGGCAGGUUGCAAAUAGUCUACAUGAGGAAGGUAAUCUGGAGAAGAAUAAGGGGGACCAGAGCUGUGAGGACGAGACUAUGAAGCUGAAGCUAAAAUAUCCAUUGAAGAAACUUAACAGACUACAAUUUGCAGAUAUAGUGGAAAAAGCAAACAGAGAACAGGUGCAACUGGAAGUGAUGCAACAAAAGCUCAGCUUUGAUCCUGGUGAUGUUGAUUUGCAGAUUGAAGAAAGGAAAUUGUAUCAUCAGGACCCGAAAAUCUGGAACAAAGCAGCCUUACUGAAACAAGUGUGGCAGAUAGCUUCACAGAAAGAUGCGUUAUGGAUUAAGUGGAUUCAUGGCGUUUAUAUCAAAAGUUCAUCAUUCUGGAAAGUAGAGGCUAAAUGUGAUGCUAGUUGGCAGUGGAAACAGCUCUUGAAGAUCAGGGAUCAGGGGAAACUUGGUUUUGCUGAAAGCAGUUGGCUGGCAUCAAAUAAUGAUAAAUAUACUGUGAAAUCAGGGUACGCUUGGCUUACAGGGAAUGAGGUGAAGGCCAGGGAAUCUCAGAGCAUAUGGUCACGAAUGAAUGUCCCUAAACACUCAUUCAUAACCUGACUUGCAUGGAAAAAGAGGUUAUGGAUAAAAGAUAGACUCAUCUCAAUGCAUAUGGUUGUAACUGAUCAGAGUUGUUUGCUGUGUAAGUUGCAGCCAGAAAUUGUUGAGCAUUUAUUUUUUUAGUGCAACUUUGCAGCAGCAUUACUGGAGCAAAUUGUCAACUGGCUGGCUUGCAAGAAAAUAGCAGCAAAUGAAAUACGGUGAAGGGUGCAAAUUCUGAAUAUGUGGAAAGGAUAGAAGACUAAAAGGAAUCUUCUCUGGGCUGUAAUAGCAGCCUGUAUUUAUCAUCUGUGGGCGGAAAGAAACCGAAGACAGUUCCAACAACUGGAGAAGAGUCCAGAACAAAUCAUGUUCCUGAUCAAAGAUGAAGUGAGAUGCCGUUUCUUGCAUUGUCACAAGACGAAGAACAGAGCAGCAGCAAAGAUCUUUGCAAAAUACUUCUGAAUCAGCUAGAUCAAGUAGGAAACUGUAUAAGGGCUUA